AUGAAGAAGGAUACAGCGGCUUUUACGGAGGAGAAUACGGUCAAGCAGAUUUUAGGUAUCACGGACCCAUCGCUAUUCCUCAUGUACUCCAUGACGGGACACAUCGCAGAUACUCACGAGGUAGCCGCUGCCAAGGGUGAACAUUUCGCCGCUGUAGCCAAGGCCGAAUCAUACUCUGGAUAUGGACUCGAUUACAGUGGUCGAUAUGCCGGAGGAUAUGGCGAGUAUUCUGGAGCUUACAGUGGAGCUCAUUAUGUCGCUCCUUACCACGGACCUCACGCCAAGCCUGUUGUACUCAAGUCUGGAUAUCUGGCAGACACUAAUGAGGUUGCUGCUGCCAAACAACACCAUCUUGAAGCUCUGUACAAGGCCAACCACCAUGAUCGUUAUCUGUAG